CGGCCCUGGUGUCUAGGGGGAUAUAAACAUCUAAGGUCAAAAGAGAAAGGCCCUGGUGUCUAGGGGGACAACAUCAGUCAGGGUCAAAUAAGGAUGGGUGUUCUAGUGGACAACAUCAACCAGAGUCAUAUGAGGACGAAUGUUUAGUGGGACAACAUCAGACAGGAUUAUAUAACAGAGCAGAUUUAAUUGUUCAUUUAGCUAUGGUACUGGACAGCUGACGGAUCUACUCGGAGAUAAAGAUCAUGUGACGUAGGCAGUCCCAGGCAGUGACACUGAUACCACACUAAGAGGUCAGUGAAGUGAUAAUACUACAACAGGACAGGAUGUUUAACGUCCCCAAACUUUAUCAGCUCGUCCCCAAACUUUAUCAGCUCGUGAAUAUCUGAUAACGGUGGAAUUAAUACAGAAUUUCUACAAACUUAGAUGUUUAUAUCAAUGGAGAGACCAUUAAGUUAAUGAAACCAUUCCUAGGGAGGCAGCAGUAUAAACAGAUCAGAUGAAAAAUGGACUUCAAAUAAAUCGUGAAACUGUGGUAUUAUAAUGAAGAAGCAACAUUUCACUCAAACUACUUAUCAUUACAAAGACGGGAUGGAAAAUAAACAAAAUCCGCGCCCAUAAAAAUAAGAAUUCAUAGCCGUUCUUGUGAAUAACCGAAAGGAUUAUUAUAGGAUGUAAUACGUUGAACUUUUUAACUUUUAUUUAUUCAAACAUUCCAGACAGUGGUCAACCUUACACAGUAUUGUUCAUGGUUGAGGGAUCCAGUGAACAGUCUCAAAGGAAAACCAUCAGAUCAUGUGAUUUGUCCUCUAUGGCUUUGGUAUAGGUCACUGUUUUAGUGUAUGACUCACACAUCAAAUACUUGUUAUCUUAAUCCCACCUAUCUACAGGGAAGAAAUAUGUCUACAACAAAAUUAUCCAAAAUUUAUUCUUGAUAUGAAAACAUUUUUAUCCAAUGAAUGGAAACAUUAUCCAAUGAAAUCCACAUCCAAAUUGUUAUAACUUUUUAUUUUUGUAAAAAUUUUAUUUAAAUUUUGAAUUGGCUACGAAGACAGUUAUGUCUAGACUAAAGAUACGUCUGUUAUAUUUAUUACUGAUUUCUAUGUCAAUAUUUACAUUGUUGUUUUUUAUAAUGCCAUCAACUGUAACAAAUUAUUCAAAUUCCAACAAACAAAAAGCAUGGCGCAAUGAUACUAAUUUCGGAAGACUUUUCGGACAAGAAACAGUGCAUGUUCAAAGAAAUGGAACAAAGGAAGGAACUCAUUUAACACAGGAUGUGAAAAUGGUGUCAGCACAUGCAGAAGAAAAGAAGAAAGUUGAAAUGGACAAGGACAUGCUUAAUCGAAUUGAGUCUCUUUUGCAGGAUAUCAAACAGGAACUUAAUGAAAAAGAAAUAAAUCAUGAAACCAAACCAGUAAGGAACCAGAGGUCAGAAAAGGAAGAUAAUGUUAUUCCAAAAGUGACAGGUCAAAGUUCAAAGGGUGGCGAUAACCUUGUUCCAAAGGUUACAGGUCAAAGGUCAAAAGACCAAAGAAAUAAAAUUUCUCCUGUACUCAGUCAGACUAAUAAUAUACCAUCAGAUGAUCAGAAAAAUCAGACUGUUCUGCACAAAGAUAUUUUAGGAAAUCUUCAGAGUGUUUUAAAUAAGAUAUCCCAUAGGAAUAAGCCGGAAAGUUUGGGGCAAAUGGACAAACUUCCCAACCCUGAGAAACAUUCCGACAAAACUCCUCAAAACACUCCAAGUGAUCAUUCAGAAAGACCUAAGGUAUGUGACUCUUGCUUCAAAAAUGAUUUCAAGUAUCUUAUCAACCCAGAAUCAAUGUGCAAACAUUCAGGAGAUUUGGAUUUAUUAAUUGCCGUUUCUUCAUCACCUACAAAUCAAGAAGCACGUAAAGUCAUCCGGCAAACAUGGGCAUCCACUUCAUUGAUGGAGUCCGUGAACAUGAAAUGUGUUUUUUUCAUAGGAAGUAUUGAGGAUCCCCAGACACAGGAGCAGCUACAAGCUGAGAGUGAGCGUUACCAUGAUAUAGUACAGUUACAAUUCAAGGAUUCUUAUUCCAACCUAACCUAUAAAACUCUAUCUGAGCUUCGCUGGGUCUCGGAAUUCUGCAGAAAUACAAAAUAUAUGAUGAAAACAGAUGGUGAUAUGUUUGUAAACACUUUAAUUUUACCAAAUAUUCUGAAAGGAGCUCCGAAAACAAACUUUAUCGGUGGCCAUUGCUGGGGACGAUCCUUGCCCCACAGGGAGAAAAGUUCAAAAUGGUUUGUAUCUUACAAGAGCUACACACAUUCUUCAUUUCCACCGAUGUGUUCGGGAACUGGAUACAUAAUGAGUAUCGAUUUUGUGCUUCAAAUUCUACAAGUAUCGAAAAACAUUCCAUUUUUUCAUCUUGAGGAUGUAUUCAUAGCAUUGUGUACGAAAAAACUAAACGUUCAGCCAGUCUAUAUCGAUGGAUUCUUUCACAUGCGUGCAAGUUUUGACGAGUGUAGCUAUCGAUACAGAAUCGUGACUUCUCAUGAAAUACCUCCCAGCCUACUACAAACAUACUGGGAAAGGAUGCAGAAAUGUUCACGGAAAAUGGAAGAAAUGCAUUAUCAGACCAAACCGUUAUAUAUCCCUUAAAAUCUAAAUCAAAAUUUAAAUUUAACCAUUUAUGUCUCCAUAUUUUUUUCUUAAAUAAAACUUUUGAAAAAAGACUAUAUUUUUUUAAUUAAAAAAACUUUGCUCAGUGUUAUAUUUUCCUUUUUUAAAACAAUAGGACAUUUACAGCCUAUGCGGAUUUUCUGAAAUUUAACAUUUUUGUUGAUCUACUGAUUUCCAGAGUACAAACAGUGUUGUCUCUCUGUCAAUUAGACCUUGUAAUUAUGUUAAGUGUCAUGCAUAUCUAAAUUUACAUUUUCUAUUUUGUAAAUGUCCUUCACUUUUUUAAAUGAUUACAGUUUGAAUAUUAUCUGAAUCCUGUUUAAACCUUCCUAUUUAUGAGAAAAAUAUUUAAACAACAAACAAUGGAUUACUUAUAUAAUAUACAUGUAAAUCCGCAAAUAACACCCUGCCUGCAAAUAAUUAUAUAAAUAAACUUCUCCAUUUUUUGCAUAAUCAUCUUUUUUUUCUUUUUUCUUUUUUAAUAAGCUAAAGUCUUUCAGCUUCACAAAAAAAACCUCUCCAAACUUUAAAUCUCAAUUUUACAAAAGGGGAGGGGUCUCAUUUGUGAAUAAAUUUGGCAUACCAUUUAACUUGUCAUAUAGGUAUCGUACCUCACCUUUAUUUCAUUUGAAAUCUUUCAUUUGUUUUUUCUUUAAUUUUACGAAAUAUUUGGCAAGUAUGUUAAGUGCUUCAUAAAUUCAUAUCUGAAAUGAAACAAACUUAAGAUCCUGUUUAAAUUAUCUCAGUAUAAUUAUGACGUUUUAGUAGAUCUCAGUAUAAUUAUGACGUUUUAGUAGAUCUCAGUAUAAUUAUGACGUUUUAGUAGAUCUCAGUAUAAUUAUGACGUUUUAGUAGAUCUCAGUAUAAUUAUGACGUUUUAGUAGACAUGUAGAAUGCGUGAAUAUGAAGUUGAACCUACAAUGAGAACGAGGUAUUUUAUGAUAUUUAUUAAAUUUGAAAUUGUCCAGGAAGUGCCUUGCCAGCUGUUGUUGAUGUGAAAAACAAAAUAAAAUGGCUGCCAUUUUGAUUUCUGUAUAGGUUAUCCGCAAAUAAGCCCCCUUCUUCAAUUUUUUUCGCAGAAUAGGG